ACAAGUAUAAAACUACAAAUUCAUGUUUCCAUUAUUUGCUGGGCUUUGCUAUCCACAUAAUUGCUUGCUAGAAGCCAUUGUGCUUAUAUUGAUAUCUUCUUCUUUUAUUCUCUCAUUUUAUCCUCUUCUUCUUCAUGGGGGGAGCUCAAGAACUACAACUCCAUGUCAUUGAUUCAGAAGCACAGGAACCAAACUUGGCCAAAGAUGAAGCUGUCAUUACCGAACCCUCACUUCCUACACCAAAAAGAAGUUAUAAGUGGUGGCUCUUAAUGGCACUUUACAUAUUCUUUAUUGUCUCAGGCCAAUCUAUUGCAACUCUUCUAGGGAGACUCUACUAUAACAAAGGUGGAAAUAGUAAGUGGCUACAAACAAUUGUUGUAACUGCAGGCUUUCCAUUUGUCCUCCCCCUUCUAAUCUAUUUCUCCUAUAAACCUUCUAUCCCAAACCAUACCAAUACUUCCAAUAAGAGGUCACCCUCUAUCAUCACCCUUGUACUCCUUUACACCUCCUUAGGUAUAUUCAGUGCUGGUGAUAACUUCUUGUAUGCAUAUGGACUGUUAUAUCUCCCUGUUUCUACAUAUUCUCUUGUUUGUGCAACCCAAUUGGCUUUUAAUGCACUAUUCUCCUAUUUCAUUAACUCCCUUAAGUUCACUCCUGUUCUGCUUAAUUCAGUAAUCAUCCUCACUAUCUCUGCUUCACUCCUUGCUCUCCAUUCUGAAUCUGAUGGAUCCACAGGAGUUACAAAGGCACAUUAUGCGAUCGGAUUUUUAUGCACCUUAGGUGCAUCUGCCCUUUUCUCCCUAUUACUUUCACUUACCGAACUUUCAUUUGAGAAAGUUUUGAAAAAGAAAACAUUUUCUGUGAUAUUGGAGAUGCAAAUAUACCCGGCAAUAGCUGCAACAUGUGUUUGCUUGGUGGGGCUUUUCGCUAGUAGGGAAUGGUGGAGUCUAAAGGGAGAGAUGGAGCAAAUUGGAAGGGUAUCUUAUGUGAUGAUCUUAGUUUGGACUGCUGUGGCAUGGCAAGUUUUUUCUGUUGGUGCACUGGGUUUAAUAUUUGAGGUGUCUUCACUCUUUACCAAUGUCAUUAGUACAGUGGCUUUGCCCAUUGUUCCAGUCUUUGGUGUGAUAUUUUUUCAUGACAAAAUGGAUGGGGUGAAGGUGGUUGCUUUGAUUUUGGCUAUCUGGGGGUUUAUUUCUUACAUGUAUCAAAAUUAUCUUGACGAUUCGAAGUCAAAGGCUACAAGAACAGAAGCAAAUGAAAGCUCUAAUACUUAAGCUUCUUGACAAGGAAGAAUAGUUGUAUACAUUGAGGAUAAAUCCUCUUCUAGUACAUCUUCUUGUCUUCUUAAGUUGUGUCAAAGGUCAUUUUUUUCAUACUAAAACCAUAAGGGAAAUUUCAAUUUUAUUGACACAAAAGUUCUCUUUAAAGUCUA